GUGAGAUUUUAAAACAUCGUCCUUCUCAGUAAUGGCGGCUUCGUUCCCUUCGCCUUCGGUAAAUAACAAUAAAUGGUACUUCACACGCGAACAAAUCGAAAACAGUCCCUCUCGCCGAUCGGGACUUGAUCCCGACAAAGAGCUCUCGUACCGACAGCAAGCCGCGAACCUGCUGCAGGACAUGGGACAGCGACUCAACGUGUCGCAACUCACAAUUAACACUGCCAUUGUGUAUAUGCAUCGAUUCUACAUGAUUCAGUCCUUCACCCGCUUCCAUCGAAAUGUGAUUGCCCCUGCAGCUCUGUUUUUAGCAGCGAAGGUGGAGGAACAGCCCCGAAAGCUGGAGCAUGUGAUCAAGGUGACUCAUGCGUGUCUCAAUCCUCAGGACCCACCGCCAGACACCAGAAGUGAUACAUACCUGCAACAAGCCCAGGACCUGGUCAUUCUUGAGAGCAUUAUACUCCAGACCCUGGCAUUUGAGAUCACCAUUGAUCAUCCCCACACACAUGUUGUCAAGUGCACCCAGCUUGUCCGAGGCGUGGUAACAGCGAGUAAGGAUUUGGCUCAGACGUCAUAUUUCAUGGCAACAAACAGUCUCCACUUGACUACGUUCUGUUUGCAGUACAGCCCACCCAUCGUAGCCUGCAUUUGUAUUCAUCUGGCCUGCAAAUGGUCCAACUGGGAGAUUCCAGUUUCCACAGACAGCAAACACUGGUGGGAAUAUGUUGACCCUACAGUGACCCUUGAGCUGUUGGAUGAUCUCACUAGUGAGUUUCUUCAGAUCCUGGAGAAGACACCCAGCCGCUUAAAACGCAUUAGAAACUGGAAAGCGGCAAGUCAAACUGCCAAAAAGUCAAAAGCGCAAGAUGGUGACCAAUCAGAAGCCAUUAUGAACAUGAUCUCCAUGGCAUCAUCUGACACCUCGCUGGUUGGGCUGAUGAGCCUCUCUGCCUCUCGCUCAGAUUCGACUUCCUCAGCAGAUGAUCUCAACAUCGGAGCGUCAUCCCAACAGUGGCAGCCUCCUGGCAAGGAGCCGGCAACCUCCAACGAGCUCCACGCACCUGCGAAAGUCUCUCUGAGUGAGUACCGGGCCAAACACGCGGACGAGCUGGCAGCGCAGAAGCGUAACCUAGUGAACAUGGAGGCCAGCGUAAAGCAGGGAUACGCCACAGCCGCCCAGGCUCUCAUGAACCAGCAAAGAAAGGAAAAGCACCACCAUCACCAACAACAACAACAGUCCACCUCUAGUUCCUCUGACUCUGGCAACCCCUCACCGAUUGUCCUGAAGAUCCCGGUGGAGGAGCGGUCGAUGCGCUUCCCCGUGCCCGGCCAGUCGGGAAGCGGGGGGCACAGUGGCCGAGGUUCCGAGCACGACAUUAGGGUGCGAAUACGAGUUCCAGAAAGGCGAGGUGGAUCAGGAGAAGACUGUAAAAGUCGAGAGAAACCCAGAGAGCGUUCCAACCACCAUCAUCACCACCAUCAUCACCACCACUCGUCCUCCAGCAGUUCUUUAUCUUCGUCCUCGGCACAUAAACAUUCAAGUUCUACCAGUACAAGUAGCAAAAAGGUCUCAGGUGACUCAGUGCGAAUCAGCUCUUCAUCCAGAAAAAGGACUCACGUGACUGAGCCUUCGGCAGGCACCCAUCCGUCGAAAGUUAGCAAAUCCUCCAGAAACUCAUUUCAGCUCCCGCCCCUUCCCAGCAUGCCCUCCCACUCGCUGGGUCACGGGGCAGAUAUCCUCCCCUCGCUGAGCCUGUCGCACCAUCAGGGAAACUACUCGCACUCCAAGGCGGAAAAGGCGGACACCAACGGCCACAACGCGGGCGGCCAGUCCAACGAUUACCAGGACACGUUUGACAUGUUAAACUCGCUGCUCAGCGCGCAGGGGGUGCAACCGGCACAACCUCAAAUUUUUGACUAUCGCUCUCAGUACGGAGAGUACCGAUACAGCAGUAGCGCUCGUGGAGGAACCCAUCCCCCACCCCUCCCAUCAGAACCGCCUCCCCCCUUGCCACCGCUACCCAAAUAAAUUCCACUGCUCACGCCAUCCGUCCACAUGCGCUGAUCAAAUCAGUCGUCCUUCUGCGUUCCUCUUGUGCGUCUCAUUUUCUGUGAUGCUCAGUUUGACAGCAAGGUAAUGUGUACCUUCCAUCUCAGCCUUUUAUAUGUCUGACUUUCCCCCUAUCCCCCGUGUGAGUGUUCACAAAACCCAUCUGUGGCAAUAAUGUUCAAAUAGAACAAAAUAUUGCAAAAAAAGAAGUAAAAUGUUAUUUAUUAAAAAAAAAAUGUACAUACUAUUUUUGAUGUCGCUCAGUUUUAUAACAGUGCUAUAUAACUGAAAUGCAUAAUGGAUUAAGGGUAUGUAUAACUGAAUGAGAGGGACACGUCCUCUUUAAAAUGAGUAGAACUUUGAACGCAAAAAGGAAAAUACAUGUUUUUUUGUUUUACACAUGAAUUUAAGUCUUGCUAACAAUGUGUCUUUUUUUAUCGACUAUGGUAUUUAUUAUUAGCCUUUUAAAGCAGUAGUUAUUAGCAGUCGUUGGUUGAAUGCAUCUCAGACGAUAUCUGGAUUUAUUUUUAUACUGUACUGUAUAACCUGCUUCCCCGUCUGCAUUUACUUGACAAGUCUUGUAUUUAAAACAAAAAAAUGGACAUACAAAUCCCCACGUUUGCAUCAAAGUGUAUGUUCCUAAUAUAUGAGUAGUUACUGAAGUAAUGUUAUUAUUCUGUUUGGUAAAUAUUUGUGGUCUUUUUUUGUAACUUUAUUGUAUUCUGUAAAUGACUGAAAUCGACACGACCUAUUUUUACAUUUUUCCAAAAACAAGAAUAUGCCUAAUUUAGCAAGUAUGUCUGAUUGAUCUAGGAUUCUCAAAUGCAGUCAUUGUUUUAAAUGGUUGUAGAAAAUCACUCAUUCAUUUUACACUAAAACAGUAUGUCCUGCUUA